AUGUCUUCUGAUCAUUAUUUUUAUGAUAGCUCUUUCAACCUUAGUGACCUCUUUUUCUCUGACCCUUUUCCUCCUUUAUAUGAUACUGACAUCUUCCAAGAAUUGUCCAACAAGCAAAACACUCAAUACCCAAUUCGUAAUUCCAACCAUGUAGACAACUUUAGCCCAAAUAUGCUGUCUUCUCCUCCAAGUCACAAUCAGGAGAACUUGUCUCUUUAUCAAGCAGCUCCUUUGCAGCCUCUUUCAGAUGGUUCAAGUUUGGAAAAUGGGUAUAAUAAUUUCCAAAUGGGGUUUGAGUUUGACUCCUCUUACAGUCACCAAUUAUUUAUGGCUUAUAGUCACAGUGGUGUGGAGAACGAAGCAGAGAUGAAGAACAGAAGCUAUAGCAGCAACUCCUCUGAAGGCAAUCAUCACUUUCUCUCUCAACCUCGCUUUGACACUCUCUUGGGCUCGCCCAAUUAUCAAAACCAAUCCUUGAGCUCUCCUGAAGACAACCUUCUCGCUAGUCAGACGAGUAUGGUUUGCAGCAAUAUACAUUUACAAAAUACUAGAACAGCACAUACAACACACAGGUCCAGGUCCUAUUCAAGCCCUUCGGCAACUGAGAGCUCCUUUAUGGAAGAAGCAAACUUAAAAGUGGUUCCUUACAGUGCUGAAGAGAGAAAAGCUAGGAUUUCCAAGUACAGAGCCAAGCGUGAGCAGAGAAAUUUCACCAAGACCAUUAAGUAUGCAUGCCGAAAGGCACUAGCAGACAGCAGGCCACGUAUACGUGGUAGGUUCGCGCGCAACGAUGAGAGCGGUGAGACUCCCAAAGCUGCAUGUUCUAUCAGACAUGAAGACGCACAUGAGCUAUGGUUUGACGGGAUGCAUGGAGAUUAAGAUUACGUAGAAAGCAAAGUAAAUUAGAAUUAUAAAAUUAUUAAAUAUAUUCAAUAUAUAAUAAUUGAAUGCUCUUUAUACUUGGCAUAUAAAUGUGG